GCAACGACGAUCGCGACGCGAUCAGUUUUCAGCGUGAACCGUUUGCGAUGAGAUCGAUUAUCAUCUCGGUCUCAUUUCUCGCUAAUUGUUUCCUGUCGGUGGCGAUCGCGUCCAACGCGGGAAACGGGAGCAAUUCGUCGUGUGGACUAACCGCCACCAGCAUCCGUAAGCCGUUAAUCGUUAACGGUGUGACCACUAUUAGUGCCGGUCAGUGGCCAUGGCAUGCAUCGAUCUGGCAUCGCGUCACCCGAUCGACGCACGUCUACGUUUGUGGAGGUUCGCUGCUAAGUGAGUUGUAUUUGGUGACGUCCGGACAUUGUGUCUCGAAGGAUGGAAAUGCCCUAAACGAGCGCUUGGUGUCCAUUCAGUUGGGUUCCAUUCGGCAAAAUUUGUUGCUGAAUGGUUUCCCGGUGCAGAAUCUGCAGGUCGCGGAGAUUUUCGUGCACAAGGAUUUCGUGCCGCGAACGUUUCAAGCGGAUUUGGCGUUGGUUGCCCUCGGUACUCAGGUUAUGGUUAAUGAAUUCGUUAAACCGGUUUGUCUACCGGAUGCUGUUGCCACUGAUAAAGAUAUUGUUGGUCGUCAGGCGGUGGCCGUUGGUUUCGGGCAAACCGAAUCGGGGGAUAAUUCGGACGUUUUGAGGCAGCUCUGGAUGCCGGUGGUGGAUUAUCUGAGCUGUUUGGAGAGUAACCGGGAGGUUUUCGGGAUGUCACUGUCGGCGGCAGUUUUGUGUGCGGGUAACACCAACGGCAGUACGGUUUGCAAUGGGGACAGUGGCGGCGGUUUGUUCACACAGGAGUCCGAUGGACGCUGGGUCAUCCGGGGAGUGACCAGCUUCACGGCUCAACGUGGCUGGAAUGACAGCAGCUGCAGCUUGAGCGAUUAUGCGGCAUUCGUGAAUGUGGCACAUUACGGCGACUGGAUCAAAUAUGUUAUGACGCACGGUGAACAGGAAGGAUUCUUCGGCGGGACAGCCGGGACGGGUGUGAAGGCAGUAACUGCUAAACCAGUGAAACCAGAGCUUAGAAUCAGUGAGAAACAUUGUAAAUUGUAUCGCCGGAAGGGUUUGGUGGUGACCGGUUCCGAUGGUCCCAGUCAGAUAUAUCUCUUCAAAGAUCGAAAAUCGCAGGGUUUGGCAUACUAUCUGACAAAGGACUACGCGAUAACCACAGCCGUUUUGGCCAUCGAUUGCGUCUACGGAGAAACGGUUUGCCAAACGAUUCUUGGCUAUCGGAUCAGGCAGACGUUCAUCCACCCGGAAUACCGCGGCGGGAGAGAUUUCAAUGUGGCCGUACUGCUGAUACCGCCGGCAGACGAACCACUCUGGUGUUUAGCCGUUGAAUCUUCCGGAAAAAUCUACUUCGAAGGCAGACAACUGAAAGCGAACACGGUUUCGGCGGAUGCUCCCAGCUGGACGGAGUUUGAUCUGGACUUUUACCUGCCCACCAAACGGGGUGGCGUCGUGUACAACGAACGGCGGGACAUGGUCGGACUGAUGCACAACCCGGCGGGCGAGGAGGUAGUGAUGACCAACAUCCCUGCCGUUUUAGACUGGAUCGAGUCGAUAGUGUGGAACAACACCGCUUCGUCCCUCACUUCGUGAGGGGAACUCCAAUCCAUUCUGAAUAAAGACCCCUCCAUCCAUGCAACAUUGUUGGCCAUUCACAAAAAGAAAGCCGUACGAAGAAAGGAAGUUCCCAUCAUGAAGCAAUAAAUCAACAAUCGUGCGCUCUAUCGGCCGGUUCCGGCAAGUGAUGGCCAAACCAGAACGUUCGUUGUUGCAAUUCUAUGCAAAUAAGUGCAAGCCCCAUUUAAACUCGAUUGAAAGACCGAUAAAUGAUGCCAGCAGAUUACAUAAACCUUUGCGAAAACCCUUUUAUUGGACAGGGCGCAACAUUAGCGAGC